AGCAAGGCAAAAACUGAUACUUCAGCUUUGGAAGCUAGAAAUGGCAAAGAUAUUCAGGGAAUUCCUUGGGAGAGGUUCAAUUUCACCAGAGACAAGUACCGUGAGACAAGAUUGAAAGAGUACAAAAAUUACGAGAACCUUUCACGCUCUCGUGAGGAACUCGUUAAGGAGUGCAAGCAGGUGGAGAAGGGCCACAGCUUCUACGACUUCCAGUUCAAUACAAGGAUUGUCAAAUCGACAAUUGUGCAUUUUCAGGUAGAGACGCUCCCAACUGAUUUUAAAGCUUUAGUUUUUACCUAGAAUCCUUCUGGUUGCUAUGGAGGCAUAUCUUAUGUAGUUUCAGUUAUUUUAUAUUCUUAUAUUCAAUAAUUAUUGAGAACUUUACUUCAAAGCAGAAUUUUUUAAUUAACUUGAACGAAAGCCUCUACAACUUACUUCAAAACAUGUAAGAUAUUAUGUCCAAUAUUUUGUCCCCUUACCUUUUUAAUAUUUUUGAAUGGGCAUUGAUUGGAGUCUCACCAGUAGUUAUUUGUGUAUCUAAACUAAUUAUGCUAUCAAACCCUAUGUAUUUGACAAUCUUUAAGAUAUCGUUGCCUCCAUUCACAUGGAUAAGAAAUUGCUUAUAUUUGUUGGGAUUAUCACUUUCUCUAAUUUUCAAUUCUAGUGUCAAACAAAGCGAUUUAUUCUUUUUUCUAAAACCACUUUGGAAUUGGGUACAUGCAUAUCAAUGGUGACAAUAGUUUCGCAGGUUUUGCGCAUAUAUUAACACUUUUGGAUACCUUAAUUUAUUGUUGUAGCUCUGUUCUCCCGUCAUUCUUUUGAAGGUAUGAAGUUUAUAAAUGCUGCCUUAUGUUAAAGCUUAGGAGAUUUUGUAAUUUAUUUGUAACAAUGAUGUGAUUGGUGCCCAACUACUAACAAAACUUUGAGCAGUGUUCCAGAUUAAAUCAUGUUCUAAUGAGAUCAUUAUGCUUGAGACAAACCUUCUUGUGGCCUGCAAACUGAUUAUUUACACUUGCCAAGUUUCACAUCCAUUUUUAUAAAAUUACAAGAUCUGUAUUUGGAAGGUACAAUCAUGAAUAUGUACAAAUUGGUAUCUGAACAGCUGAAUAUUUUUGAUGCAAAGUUAUGGAUGAGGAAGCAUUGUGGUGAGGAUAUAAUGGCUUUAUUGAGAUCUGCAAUUUGUUAAUGAUGUAGAUGUACCUUUCAAUGCUUUGAUAUUGCUCUUUGGUUGUUAAAUUAUUGUACAUGCUACCGUACACAAUUAUGCUUUUUUGCGCAUAAAUGCAUCUUUGUAUAUUUUAUAUUCACCUCCAAGUCAGCAAUGCAUGCAGCAUUAGUGUUAUCACAUCAAGUUAUUUAUUUAUUUUUGAUGGUUUCUCUUGGUUUAUAGUGUUGAAAGAUAGUCUAGUAUGUAAUGAGUCUUAAGAUUGAGCUAUGAUUCUUUUUCUAUUUCAUUGUCUUCCAGUGGUUUGUUCUGUGAUAUUUAUUAUCUGUUGUGUGACACUGACGAACUAUGUGUCUAGUAGUGACUCCAAAUCAGCAGAGCUUCAGCUAUAAUUGCAUCUGUGACUACUUUCAUUCUGUUUUAUGUUGUAAAUAGUUGAUCUGUUAAUGUAGAUUACCUCCUCCCUCUUAAGACAUCCAAAUAUGUGAGAGAUUGUUAAUGCACCAUGAUUAGAUUUUGUCCAAAUAUGCGUCAAACUUAACUAUAUCCAUUUGUUGAUGUAUGUCAACAGCUUGAGGUCCAUGGUUCACGUGGUUAGUCAUCUUAGGUAUCUUAGAGAAUGGAACACUUUGUGAAGAGAUUUGAAAGCUUUUUUUAUGCUAAGAGGUCAACAUUUUGUCUUCCGCAGACAGUGGUAUGGAAAUACUUUAGUCACUUUUUUUUAAAAAAAAAAAUGCUAAGAUCUUGUGGCAUAUGUAACACUUGAAUAAGCAUUUUUUUUGAGUUAUUAGAGAAUAACAUGCAGUGGAUCUUAAAUGACACUAGCAAUAGAUCUUUGUAGUUAUGUUUUCUUUUUCUUUUUGAAUUUUCCCCCUUGACAUAUAUUGGCAGUAACAUGGUAGUUUAUUGGUGCAUCAUGGUUGGCUAUUCGUUGACCCGACAAUCUGUAAAUCUAUAUAGUUUGUCAUUGUAGCCUCUUUGUUGUUGCAGUCUGUAUGCUUUAAUUUUUUCCAAUACAAAUUUAGAUUCAUAAUAAAUAAAUAAAAAAGUUUUCUGGUUGCUUGAAGACCUAUCUAUGUAUUGAUUUGGUUGAUCAACUGAUUUUAGCUUGAGUUAUUGAUUGUCACUGGUAAUGGUGCAAAUGUUGAUUUGCCUGCAUUGGGAGCUUUGAUUUUAAUUAGGUUCUUAUUCUUGACUGUUUAAUUUGGCUUUUUGAUUGCAUGUGGGAAUGCCAUCUCAUCUUUAUUUCAGCUUUAAAGCAGGGUGGCAGUUAAGUCUGAGCAGCUGGUGCAUAAGAAUACCUUGUUCAUAUGGUAUGCUAGGGGACAUAUCUGAGCAUUUAAGAGGCCUCUGUAGAAAUACCUGCAAUUAACAUUGAUGUGUCCUUAUUGUUGGGGGCUCAUUAGAACUAUUGUUUUCAUGUUUAUUAUCUCAGUAACACAUAAAUUGCUGUACUGUUUUGUUUAAAAAUUCCAUAUUAAUUUGACUAUCAAUAUCAUUCUGGCUGAGAUCUUUCCCUGAUUAGUGGUUAAUUAUACCCAUUAUGACAUGGAUGAGUUUUGUAAAUUGGUGCCAACAUUUACCCACAAACUGGGCAUGUAUCUUUCCUUGGUGUGAUGUUUCCUUUACAUCUUUAGUCAUGUUAUGUUUCACUAGGAUUGUGUUAUGCAUGGAUUUUUGAAUGGUGAAGUCUCAACACUUUCUCUUUCAUGUCUUUUAUUCUUUUUCCCAGGCCGAUAUUUAUUGCAUUUUUCCUUUCCUUUCCUUUCCUUGGUGUAUGUUUUCAUUUGACUGUUGUUUUGGGCCUUAAGCAAAAGAACCCAAAGUUCGCAAGGCAAUGAUUAGACAUUCUUCUGAUUAUCUACCUUCCAUGCAUUUAGAUCUUUCUUGUUGGAUGCAUGAAAUUUUUGCUCUUUGUAAGUAACAUUGGCAAUUAAGGUUUUGUUAUUCUAGCUGAAUCUUUGACUUGUUAAGUGUUAUGGGUUCUCUAAGAGACAUCGACCAUCACAUUUUAACUGUGUCUACAAGCUAUGUUACUAUUGUGUCCUUGAAAUUUUGAACAACAGAGGUUCUGUACCAGCCCUUUUCUUCUUCUUCUUCUUCUUCUUCUUCUUUUCCUUUUUAAAUACUGAAUUAAGUCAGUCGUGCUUACCAGUUCCAUUUACUAAUUGGCAUUGUCAAAUAGCAUGGUUCAUAUAUUGUCAUACGGCAUACCCAUAAGAAUCGUCAUAUGGAAAGAAGAGCAUUGUGAAUAACACCGAUUUUAUUUUUCCUUUUUUUCCAACAGAAAUAAUGCUAAUUUGAUUUCUUUUGAGUGGAUGACCUAAUGUGUUCGCAUGUUAACUUCCCUAAUCCCUCCUAUGCUGGGUCCCCUGGAUUUCUAGCUUUUGGUGUAGCUUUCCUCAAAACUUGUGGAGUCCAACUAAUCUUGCCUGCGUGAGGCAAACUAGGCUGCUAAGUCUGCUGUAUUUGGCAUGUCAGUAUUUUCACAAGCAAGCCAAACUAGCAGCAUGUACUUCUCAGCACAGUCAGAACGUUCAUUUUUAAGUGGCAUCUCAUAUUAUGCAUUUGGCUAAUUAGAGGCACAUGGAGUCAGUAACAUGUCUAACGGUUUUUAAGGUUUAACCCUCAAUUGGUGAAUGGGUUGUGUCAGGUAUUGGGUGACCAUUAAAUGGUUGCAAUAAUUAGUUACUUUUGGAACAUGAGUAACUAGUACUCUUUGUUGUAAAAAGUUUUGGUAGUAAUUAAGGGAAUAAUUUCUAGUGUAUAUUGUGACUCUCUCUCUCUCUCCUCUUUGGAACAUGAGAAACUAGAACUCUUUUUUUUAUGGAAUCAUGAGCAUAAUCUAGUUGUUUUCAUUCCUACAAUAAGGUUCUAGAAAAUUACCUCUUGAUGAAUCAUGUUUUUGUUGAGUUGGAAAAAAAAUAAUAAUGCAUGGACGAACUUUGGAAUUGUUUUAUUUUUCCAACUAUAUUGUCAGGAUCUUAUCAGUUCGUAUAUGCAUUGGAUGAUUGGCAGAAUAUUGUUACUAAAGCCAUUAGACUGAGUUUUUUCUUUCUGCAGUUAAGGAAUCUUCUAUGGGCGACCUCAAAACAUGAUGUGUACCUUAUCCAAAACUAUUCAGUAAUGCACUGGUCCUCACUUCUGGGGAGGAGCAAAGAAGUGCUAAAUGUUGCUAAACCGAUUGUGCCCACACUAAAAUACCCUGGUUCCUUGGCUCAGACACUCCACAGGGUCCAAAUAAGCACUAUGGCUGUUAAAGAUAAUCUACUGGUGGCAGGUGGUUUUAAGGGGGAGCUGAUCUGUAAGUAUUUAAACCAGUCUGGGGUUGCCUUCAGCACAAAAAUAACCACAGAUGAAAAUGCUAUAACUAAUGCAGUGGACAUAUGCUACAAUCCCAAUGGCUCGGUGAGGAUCAUGACUGCAAAUAAUGAUGCUCAGGUCAGGGUUUUUGAUGCUGUGAACUUCAAGUGCAUCGGCCAUUUAUGCUUCCCUUGGUCCGUAAAUAACACUUCUGUCAGUCCUGAUGGUAAAUUACUGGCAGUCCUAGGGGACAGUGCGGAGUGCUUAAUCACAGAUGCUCAGUCUGGGAAGGUUCUUCAAAACCUCAAGGGACACUUGGACUAUUCAUUUUCUUCAGCUUGGCACCCCGAUGGCCGAAUUUUCGCAACAGGGAACCAGGAUACUACAUGUAGAUUGUGGGAUAUUAGAAAACUGUCCGAGUCUGUGUCAGUACUCAAGGGAAGGAUGGGUGCAAUCAGAGCCAUAAGGUUCUCAUCAGAUGGCCGGUUCAUGGCGAUGGCUGAGCCGGCAGACUUUGUUCAUGUUUUUGAUGCACAAUGUGACUAUGCCAAGGCACAGGAGAUUGAUCUGUUCGGGGAGAUUGCUGGAAUUUCCUUCAGCCCUGACAUGGAAGCUCUUUUUGUUGGGGUUGCAGAUCGAAUGUACGGUAGCUUAUUAGAGUUCAAGAGGAGGGACUAUAACCAUUAUCUGGACUCCAUGUUUUAAGAGGAGGGGUGCACCUCUAGAAGUUGGUUUGCAUUUGUUGAUGAAUGUGUGUAUUACAAUUUAGGAGUCAAGUGUGUUUUUGAACAGUGGCCGUGGGAUGCAUUUGCCUAAUGGGGUUCAGUUCUUAGAUUUAAGAUAUCAACAUUGAGUUCAUCCUCUUGGAAUCAGCCAGCAACAGGUCCCAAGUAGUUGUGGCUGCUAAGAGAUUUUUUAUUUUUAUUUUUAUUUUUUAAAUCUGAAAUAGGCAAAAAUUUUGUUUGUAUUAAUGGUGUUCGGUGUUUUUGUAUAUAUAUAUAUAUAUUUUAAGUUUUUGUACA